AUGAGAUGUUUGGUGAUACUUGAUGACAUUUGGAGUUUCGAGACAUGGAAUUUUUUGAAUGUUGCAUUUCCAAAUGAGAAAACAGAGAGCACAAUAUUACUUACGACACGCUAUGAAGCAGUCGCUUUGCCCCCAAAUAGAAAUUGUUUCCUCCACAAACUCCAGCCACUAAAUGAGAAUGAGAGUUUGGCACUAUUAGAGAAGAUAGCAAUAUUUGGAAGGCCUGAUAUCGGGGCCAAGAGAUUCCAAAUUUUGGAAGGCCCUAUAUCUGAUGAUAGAAAGUUUUCAAAAUAUUGUCAAGCACUUGGAAAAAGGGGUGGGCAUCAAUUUGGUCGAACCAACUAA